CGCUCCCGGGAGGCGAGGCUCCCAGCUGAGCUCCUGGUGAGGCGAGAUCCGGGGCGUCCCGAGCCCUUCGUGAGCGCUCGCGCGCCCGCUGUCUCCCCUCGGGGACCGAGGCCGCGGCCCGGGCAGAAGCGGGCGGCGGGGGCCGGGUCCUCUGUCGCUGGGCUCUGCCUGGGGCGGCGCUGCCCGGGUGCCCUGGACCGUCUCAGCUGCUGCCGGAGCCCCCGGGAGAGUCCAGCUUCCCACGGAGCCCGGCGGAGGAGCUGGAGGACCGAGGCCGGUGCGCUGAAGCCCUCAGUGAGCCCUGCCUUGUCUCAAAGAGAAGAAGAGAAAGAACCAUGACCAAGUUACAGGAGGCAGUGACGUUCAGGGAUGUGGCUGUGGUCUUCAGUGAGGAGGAGCUGGAGCUGCUGAAUCCUGCGCAGAGGAAGCUGUACCAGGACGUGAUGCUGGAGAACUUGAGGAACCUUCUGUCAGUGGGAGGCCAGACUCCAAACAAGAUGAAGUCUCUUCACGCAACAUUAAUAAGGGGCCUUUCGCUGGGGCGGCUUCCAUGCUGGCCAAUGACAAACCAGGAUGUGAACAAACUGGCAAGAACUCCAGAAGUUGUUAUAAACACUCAAGGAAGGGGUUCUCACUUCCUGAAGCAAUACCACUCCUCCUGCCAUGGGGGAACAGAAGAGCCUCUUGGGACCUCUGAGGAUGACAGCUGUCUUGAAAGUCUUACAAGUGACCUUUGCAGCAUUAUUGAAAAUCAGGAAUUUCUGUCUGGGAGAACUCAAAGUUCAUGGAGUAAAACACAUCUUAGCAAAAGCCAGAACCAUCAGAAACACUGUCCACAGGCUCCGGUGAAAAGCAGUGCAAUGCUGUUGGCUUCGGGUAUUGACAUUCUGUGUUGCAUUUCCCACCACAAUAUAGUACAUAAAAGAGACAGAGCCCACAGCAGCGAUGACUGUGAUAAAGUAAUUUUUUCUGUAUCACCCCUCACUCAGCAUGGUAUUUACACAAAAGGGAAGGCCUACGAGUGCAGCAAGGGGCAGGAAGCCGUAACUGACAGCCCCAGUCUGCAGCUCCAUCAGCAGGUCCUCUUAGGAGAAAAAUCCCUUGUUUGUAGCAGACAUGAGGACACCAGGCCUGGCUCCAGUGUCCCCAUUCAACAAGAUGCUCAUCCAGGGAAAAAGCGCUACUGGUGUCAGGAGUGUGGCAAGGGUUUCAGUCAGAGCUCAAACCUUCAGAAUCACCGGAGAGUGCACACGGGCGAGAAACCCUACCAGUGCAACACCUGUGGGAAAGGCUUCAGCCGCAAGUGGGAUCUCAAAAUCCACAGCAGAGUGCACACCGGAGAAAAACCUUACAAAUGUAAGGUGUGUGGGAAGGGCUUCACAAAGUGGGAGCACCGCCAGAUCCACGAGAGAACUCACACAGGGGAGAAGCCAUAUAAGUGUGGAGACUGCGGCAAACUCUUCAGCUGUAGCUCAAAUCUUCAUGCCCAUCAAAGAUUCCACACUGGAGAGAAACCGUACAAGUGUGACGAGUGUGGGAAGUGUUUUAGCUUGAGUUGGCACCUUCACAGCCAUCAGCGGGUCCACACAGGAGAGAAGCCAUAUAAAUGUGAAGAGUGCAGGAAGGGUUUCAGUUCCUUCUCAACCUUCCAUAGACACCAGGGAGUCCAUACAGGACACAAACCAUUUCACUGUAAUGUGUGUGGGAAGGGCUUCAGUGGGAGCUCAGAUUUUCAAGCCCACCAGAGAGUUCACACUGGGGAAAAACCAUACAGAUGUGAUGUGUGUGGGAAGCACUUCAGAAGUACCUCAAAUCUUCACACCCAUCAGAGAGUUCACACGGGAGAAAAACCAUACAUAUGUGAUAUGUGUGGGAAGUGCUUCAGAAGUACCUCUAACCUUCACUCCCAUCAUAGAAUCCAUAUGAAAGAGAAACCUUAUAAAUGCAAGGAAUGUGGGAAAGGCUUUAGUCACACCUCAGCUCUACAGGCUCAUCAGAGCGUCCACACCGGUGAGAAGCCCUACAAAUGUGACACAUGUGGGAAAGCCUUCAGCCAGAGGUCCAAUCUCCAAGUCCAUCAGAUAAUUCACACCGGAGAGAAGCCGUUCAAGUGUGAGGAGUGUGGGAAGGAAUUCAGAUGGAGUGCGGGGCUUAGUGCUCACCGGAGGGUCCACACAGGAGUGAAAGCCUACACAUGUCAGCAGUGUGGAAAGGGCUACAAUAACGCCUCAUACUUCCAGAAGCACCAGAGGAUCCACACUGGGUAGUGGCCCAGAAUCUGCAGCAUCUGCUCUAAGGCUUCAGUCAGAGAUCACAUCUCCUCUACCACCAGAGGGUCCACACUGCAGGGAAUCUCAAGGUUUGUUCUGCUGUCAGGUCAGCUCCAUGGUGCUGAGUGACAAGAGCUCCCCCAAAAUCCAGAGGCUUCUGGAGACUUCACGGGGGACUGUAUUUGAGUUAUUUUGUCUUCAAAUCAUUUCCUACUGGCCUCAUUAUGCAAAGGGAAGACAGUAUUUUAGAAUGGAUCUUCUUAGCAUACAAAGUAAAAAAGUAAAAACAUAUAAAAAGGGUGUAGUAGCAAAUAAAAAUCAGAGUUGGGCUAUAUAAAAUUUAUUAUUUGCCCUGUGAUUAUCACGACGGUAUUAUCUAGCCCUGCUAAUACAAAUAAUAAGAUACAGACGCCUGUUAGAUUUUAUAAUUGCCUUAUUUACCUUGGGCCAGGCAGAUAUUUUUACCUGCACUGGCUGUCUCAGUAACCUCACCAUUCAUCUCCCAGCACGCAGCCACCCUUAACCAUCCUCAUCUAGUCUACCUUCUAUCCAGAAUUCCAUGGUACUUGCUUAUAUUCUUUGUCUAGGCCUUUUCACACCAUCCUUGGAGUCCUUUCUCCAGUCCCACGUGGUUCCUUCUCCAUCAUGGCUUCCUCCUCCCUCCUCUCUUCCCAUCCAUCAGUUUCCUGUGAUUUCCUCUCCUCAAAAGUCCAGGAACCUUAGCCAUGCCUGCCCCAUUCUGCCCUUCCCAAAUAUAGGCCUUUAACCAAUCAGGUAUAAUGUUUUAGUUUACAAAACAAGGGUAGGUGUAACCAGAUCUUCAGGGACAGCAUCUGACCAACCUCCAACAAAAGGACUUUGAAUUUAAUUAUAACAGGAAGAAUUUUCAGUGGUCAGGAACAGAGCCAACAGUAAUCAAAGUGUUUCAUACUAAUGCUAAGAUUAUGUCAUGAGUAAUCAAUGGAGAUUGGCAAAGAGAUUGUAGCAACUAUUUGGAGAAAUUAACAAAUAUAACCCAACUCCAUUACUUUCAGAGAGUGUCCCAAAAGGUACCCAAAGAAAUGAAAUUUGUCAAAUGGAUGUUUUUCAUUUUGCAGAGUUUGGAAAAUUAAAAUAUAUGCACGAUACAAUAGACAAAAUAUUCAGGAUUUCAAUGGACAACUGCUUUACCUUCUAAAGAACUGAUUUUGUUAUUACACAUUUCUUGGAAGUUAUAGCAAUUUUGGGGCUACCUGUACAGAUUAAAACAGACAAUACUCCUCAUAUGUCUCUGGUAAAAAUAAGCAGGGUUUUUUGCAUAUCAAUAUAAAGCAUAUUACAGUACACCACACAUUGCUGCAGGACAAGCAAUUAUAGAGAGGUCAAAUACUUUAAAAGAGAUGCUUAACAAACAGGUGUAACAAAAACUUCCAGGGAUAGAUUACAUUAUGCUUUAUUAACUUUAAUUUUUUUAAAUGCUAAUGAGAAAAUAUAGCUGCUGAGAGACAAUGGAUUAUAGAAAAACUACAGAACUAAAUCAGCCUGUUCAUGUUAAGGGUGUCAUAACUUCACAAUAGGAGACAGGAAAUGUGUUACACUUGGGGAGAGGUUUUGUAUUUGUAUCAACAGGAGAAAAAAAAAACUGGAUUCCAUCAUAAUGUAUGAAACACAGAUUUGACCUGAAGAGUCCCUCUGAAAGUCUUGGCUGCUGUCAUGAAGGAUGAAACCAAGAGGACCAACAACAGGUAACACAUAUUGCUGAUCCCUCUGUAAAGCAACAGUUUGGAGACUGGCUGAGACAUGAAAAUGUCUCCAGCUUGAACUUUAGCUCUGCAUAGCCUAUAAAUCUUGUUGGCUACUAAAUCCUUUCAUAUGACAUGGAAGAAAAUUUAUUACAGUUUGUUUAUCAUGGUGGUUUGAAUAGGUUUGGCUCCUAUAGACUCAUGAUUGAAUGUUGGACCCAUGGGGAGUGGCACUAUUAGGAGGUAUGGACUUGUUGGAGAAAGGGUGUCACUGUGUGGAUUGGCUUUGAGGUCUCCCAUGUUCCUGCACUGGGCAGAAAAGUGCCCUUCUACUGUCUGCGGAUCAAGAUGUGGAACUCUCAGUUUCUUCUCCAGCACCAUGUCUGCCUGCACGCUGCCAUGCUCUCUGUCAUGAUAAAGGAUGAACCUCUGAAAAUCCAGCUCCAAUUAAAUGUUUUAUGCGAGUUGCCUUGUUCAUGGUGUCUCUUCACGGCAAUAAAAUCCAAACUAAGACAGUCCAGA